GCCUGGGAGGGGUGGGCAGACCCAGGGUGGGGAUGGGGGAAUAAAAGCAGGGUGACCAGAGAGGUGGUGAUCACUGGCUCUAGAUCUCUCCCUUCUGAGCUUCCUCCGCCUCUCAGCACACUAUGGCCCAGCGCCUGCACAGUCCCCUGCUCCUGCUGGCUGCUCUGGCCCUGGCCCUGGCUGUGAACUCCCAGAGAAACUCCAAAGUCGGAGCCCCAUGGGAUGCAGAUGUCAAUGACAAGGAUGUGCAGGAGGCACUAAAAUUUGCUCUCAGCGAGUACAACAAGGCAAGCAACGAUGAGAACCACAGCCGUGUACUGCAGGUGAAGAGUGCCCAGAAGCAGGUUGUGGCUGGAAUAAACUAUUUUCUGGAUGUGGAGAUAGGCCGAACCAAAUGCACCAAGUCUGAGCCCAACAAAGAGAGCUGUCCCUUCUAUGAGCAGCCAGACUUGCUGAGGAAAAAGCUCUGCUCCUUCCAGAUAUACACUGUCCCCUGGCUGAGUGAGAAAUCCCUGGUGAAGUCCCACUGCCAUGAUGCAUAG